UGACAAUGGUAGACUACAUUAACAAAAGCAUACAAGAUAUCCAAAAUGGAAUUGUUCCCUCACAAGUGCUCGAGCCACCACAGCCUUCAUACCAUGUACCCCCAUCGUUGGGCAAGUCCUUCCUCAUUCUAUUCAAUACACCCGAGCCCGUUCUAAGACGUGUCUGUGAGGCAUACCGUAAAGACGACGCCAAUAGUACGUGGCUCCAACAGCGUCGGCGUUGCGAGGUCUAGAAGCUUACUUGGAACGCAAUGACGACAGGCGAACUUCCAUGAGGGAAAUAUGGAGUCCUUUACGAGACAAGAUCAUCAAAAAGGGUCCUGAUCGUAACAAGUCCAUCCGAAUAAUCUCCUUUCUGUUCAAUGGCCCAUUCAAGGUGGAGCUUGUGGCUGUUCUAAUGGAGGUUCUCGAAACGGGAAGCAAGAGGGAUGCAUUGAGUGUUGUUUUGGCUACUGAGGGAUCUGAUUUGCUCCUCCGUGAUGUCCAAGCAUGGACGCUGGUGCGGGGGUUUCUUUACCGAAUCAACAAUGACAGGCUGGUUGCAGAAGACAAUACUGUACACCACACCAAGUUGACCACGGGAUGCUUAGGCUGUGCCUUCGAUUUAGUCAAGGGAGCCGCACAGGGGCUCCUUGUAAAUGAUAGGAUGGGUGAAGUUCUAGAUAUCAUAGAAGAGCUGGUUAAUAGUCUCUUACCAUUUUAUUGGGCACAUGGCUUUGGGACGGAAGUAUUAAGUGCGAUCGUGGAAAUUAUUUGUGCUUUGCGUAGCCGAUCAAGAAACGGAGAAGUGACGAAAGCGAUAUCAGGACUUUGUAUAUCGCUCGCUUCUGGCCUACAUCCAAAACUCUGGAGCAUGUCGCGCACUCGAUAUGAAGCUUUUUUGGGCGCAAAGCUUGAUGAGGUACCUCGAAGCGAGUCUGUGUUUGAGCCGAUUGGUGUGAUUUGCUGCUCCCUCAUUCAGUGGACCGAAUCGGAGACUCUGAAUAUUUUGAAUGAGACAGGACUGGACGAGCGACUGCGCGAUAUGGUGGCGGAAAACUUAUGUGAUCCUUUAGCCCAACCACUGCUGCUUGCCCUUUUACGACACUUCCUCCCAAAACAUAUCUCUGCACUUUCGCGUCCAAUUUUGUCCAUGAUGGAUGCAGAGGUCAUGGCAAGCGGUGCUCCACGGAUUCUCGCCACUCUGGCCACUGUGAACAAAGAAGAUGUCAUUGAGGGCUUUCUAGACAUGAUUGCGUCAGGCAAGAACUUACUACCCGUUGUGGAUGAGAUUACUGCGAUGUUUGCCGUCAGAAGAGGGCUGGUUGAGCAACUUGUCCAAAGAAUCCGAGAUGAUGGGGUUUGGACGGGAGAUACGUGUGAAUACCUGAUUAGCCAUCUUGAUCUGACAUAUCUGAUACCCAAGCUUUGCGAUGUAUUAAACUCUCCUGACGAUGAAAUCCGGUCUACUGCCGUAAGACGGAUUGUAACUGUCUUAGGACAGCACAAGCCACGGGCGGAAGCUGUGAGUGCAUUCGUAGAAUAUACCCGAACUACAGCACGAACCAAACCUUCGGCAACGCACAGGAUACCGAAAACUCCAGGAGAGGUCGGUGCCCCAACCUUGGACAAACCAGAUGCUCAAAAUAACUCCACCGACCAUCUUGAUGCACUCUUUUCAACACUCAAAAUGUGGGGUGAGAUAUGCCCACCAGCAUACUGGCCACAGAUCCUACCUAUACUUCUCCGCAAACUCUACGCAGCGCCCCAAGAUUCUAUCAUGGUGCGAGUUUUAAGCACACUUGCUGCUUUUUGGACCGAUCCAGAAUCUAGUCUGUGCGCUUUGGAAAUUGUGGCCGGCUGGAUUCGGCUGGACACUUGCACGGAUGCUAGCAAACGAGAUUAUGGUGAAGGGGAAGAGUUGGUUUUUCUGAGACUGUGUCCUUUCCUAGUUUUAAAGAUUCUACCGAUAGACGCCUUCUCUUCAAUUAUAGUUCCAUCAGAUUACAUUUAUCGCCAGUCUUUAACUGAUGAUGCACUGCCUACGGCCGAGCCACAACGUCCUUCGCUAGAGCAUACUGGAUCGAUCAUUCUAAACCACCUUUUACGCUGCGCGACCAUGCCAUCUCAGUAUGCCCAACUUCGUCAAUUGUCGCUGGAAAUUCUUGCAAGAUUUCCUAUACAAAAGACUUGUGUCAUCAUUCCACCCCUGUUCAUGCAGGCAUGGGAGGAGGGGGACAUAUGGUUGACUAAAGGCUGGGUGUACUGGUUGUGCCACGUCGCAGGACUAUGGGGGCGGAAAAUUGAAGGAAUCAUAUUGGAGAGUGGUAUAAUUGUUGCCAGAGGCGUUUUGACAGGGUUUUCAGCCGACAAUACGGAGGAAGGUCAAAAGCUCCACUUGAGCGCUAUAGACUUCUUUGCUAUCAUCAUCGCCUUACUCGCUACCGAACAACCGCCCCUAGCCCGUCAAGAGAAACCAAACACAUUUGAAUCCGUUCUCAAUCUUGUCCUCGAUACCCUCGCUUCCCCACCUAACGAAAGCUGCCAAACGGCCAUGGCAAAUGUCCUCUCAAAGUCCUUCAAAAACCUUUUAAGCGAAGACCGUCGUGAUGCUGCCCUUUGGCUUGGUGCGAUGGUUUGGAAGACGGUUUUGAGGGUCACGAGUGGAACGAACGGCAGUGUAGGGGUUGCCGCUAGUUUUCAGACGCUCUUUCAUAUCGUGUACGUCUACACGCAUGGGUCACAUCAGAAACCGACUGAUAUUGCUGGUAUCUUGGAGGAUCUAGCGGAGGCUUGUUUGCAUGGUUUGGAAAGCCCAUUUGAUAUCGUCCAAAUGUCGGCUCUCAAACUGCUUGCUGCAUGCGUGGCUGUAAGUGAUGACGGCAGGUUCAAAGAUCCACGAAUCAGGAAAGCCGUUGAGGGGGCUGUGACGGGGCAUGCAGAUGACGAAAUUGGAGUUCUCGCACGGAGAGUCCUGGUUGCAUUGUUAUAGUGACUUUGUGACUUGAGUUCUCGUAGGGGUUUUGUACACACCCAUUUUGUACAUAGGCAUUGAAUCAUAUCACCGUGGCAUUUGGCUAUUCC